AUGGUGGUGGAACGGCACACUCGCCUGGCAGCCGCGGCACUGCUCGUGCUCUCUGCCUUGUAUGUGCCUGCUUGGGCCGGCUCAGAGCUAACCUUUGACAUGAGUCCCCAUCAAGAGCAAUGCUUUUACGAGCAAGUCGAACGAGGUGUCAGCGUCUCAGUCGAUUUUCAGGUUGUCUAUGGCGGUCGUCUGGACAUUGACGUGGAGGUGCGCGAGGGCCAGAACAUCAUUUGGUCUCAGCAGCGCGCACAGUCUGGUGACCACACUUUUACUGCCACUCGCACUGGCGAACACGCCUUCUGCUUUAGCAACAAGUUCUCCACUGUGGCGCACAAGACGGUCUACAUUGAUGUCGUCGUGGGUGACGAUGAGCCCGUGCUGGACCAGGACGGCCUCAAGCAUCAAACCGCCCUGACUCAGUUGGAAACAUCCCUCGUCAAUAUCCACGAUAGCCUCAAGCGUGUCUCUGCCGUACAAAGCCACCUUCGCCUCCGCGAGGCAUCCCAUCGCCACACGGCUGACUUUAUGAAUGAGCGAGUCCAGUGGGUGUCGGCAAGCGAACUCUUGGUGCUGGUGGGUGUGGCUAUUUUUCAGGUGUUCUACCUUCGGUCGCUCUUCACCAACAAGCCUGACCGGUGA